GCGGCUACUUUGUCCUUCUUACCCUUUCAGCUCUCCAGAUCUUUCCGCAACACACAGCCAACGAACAAAACCUUCUUAGUUCUUUCACUUUCUCUAUCUUGUUCCCAAAUCUAUCUUCUCUCUCCCUCUAUAUAACAUCGCAUCUCUUUCUCAUAUAAAAGAACCGUUCUUUCGAAUCCUUCCCGCUUUCUCCACUCUCUCUUACACUCCCCUCCUCAAUUAAGUUUCAAUUUUUCAAAAUUUGUAGAUUCUCGUCUACCCAUAACCUUAAUCCGAACCUAAUUUUGCCCUCAAAGGUCCGAUCUCGCUUGCUCUGUCUCAAUCGACAUAUAUAUAUAUAUACAACCCCUCUUUUUAUUUUAUAUUUAAUUAAAAGGAGAACAAAGAAUUUUUGGGAAUUUGUCUAUAGUUGUUAGGUUUUCUAUUUUGACUGUUUCUUUCCUCAAUUCUUUUUGGGGAAAUAUGGGAUCUGAGUUCCUUUUCAUUUUUCUGGGGGUUCUUUCGGUAAAAAUGUUUCCUCGUGUUAUGAAUAAGGGUCAAGAUAUUGUAUUGUGGGUACAUGGCUGACCAAGGAUUGGAGGGUAGCCAACCAGUGGAUCUGACCAAGCACCCUUCUGGGAUUGUGCCUACCCUUCAAAAUAUUGUAUCAACGGUCAAUUUGGACUGUAAGUUGGAUCUUAAAACGAUUGCACUUCAAGCUCGUAAUGCAGAGUACAAUCCCAAGCGUUUCGCUGCUGUGAUUAUGAGGAUCAGAGAACCAAAAACAACUGCCCUCAUUUUUGCUUCUGGCAAGAUGGUGUGUACUGGAGCGAAGAGUGAGCAACAGUCUAAAUUGGCCGCAAGGAAGUACGCUCGAAUUAUCCAGAAGCUUGGUUUCCCGGCCAAAUUUAAGGAUUUUAAGAUUCAGAAUAUUGUUGGCUCUUGUGAUGUCAAGUUCCCCAUAAGACUUGAGGGUCUUGCAUAUUCCCAUGGUGCUUUCUCAAGUUACGAACCAGAGCUGUUUCCGGGGCUAAUUUACCGUAUGAAGCAGCCUAAGAUAGUCUUGCUUAUAUUUGUCUCUGGGAAAAUUGUGCUAACAGGUGCCAAGGUGAGAGAUGAAACUUACACAGCAUUCGAGAACAUAUAUCCCGUGCUUACUGAGUUCAGGAAAAACCAACAAUGAUUUUUUUUCAAGGGAAGGAGCAAAGUGCCACUAAAGGAAUGUUGUUCCAUGGAAAUGUAAAUAUCAAAACAAAAGAAAAAAAAAAAAAAAGAACAUCUGGAUUGAUAUUAGUUAAGACUCAUUUGUUUUAGUUGUUUUUUUGUUUUGAAUGUUCUAGUAAGGUGAAGCACAUUGUUCUAUUCUAAUUGACAUUUCAAAACAAAACACGAUUUUGAAGAGGCAGAGAGGUGUGAGAGAA